AUUGGAUGUAUUCCUCUAUUAAAAAUAAUAUGUUAAUGACCUCUCACCUAAAAGAUCAUCAAGAAAACCGAGAUUCACAAUCAGAUAAAGACGGUAUUUGUCUAUCGUAUUUAUCUCUACCUUUACAAGACAUUCUGAAUAAAUUACAAAGAUUAGAAAAUGAGCAGAAAUUUAGCAAAAUACUUGAAAAAUUAGACCUCACUUCAGUCCCAUAUAGAGAGCUCGGACAGCUUGUAAACACAGGUGAUGAUAAGCUAAUUUUGGUCUCCAUUGCUGGUUGGAGACAAGUACUUUACCGGGACGAUUCUUCAGUCCAAGAAUUCAUCGAUCAGGGAUGUGUGGAAAUAUUCACCGAACUUUUCAGAAAAACACAAAAUUUCAGAAGAAAGAGAAAAAUAUUGGAGACCUUGAUUGCAGCGAUUGAUGAGGAUUCCUGUGAUGCUUUAGAACAAAAUGGCUUCCUCCAAAUCUGCUCUGAAUGUAUUAAGAGCUCACAUGAAGAACUAGUCAACCUUUCAGCUCAAGCAAUUGGGCUAAUGGCUGAGCAGGAUGAGGAAAUUCUUGAACAAAUCUAUGAAAUGGGCCUUCUUGAUGACAUCUUCUCACUACUACAGAGCGCUAUGCCUGAUUCUAAAGGGCAAGAAAUUAUUUCUUCAGCAGCUGAACACUGAAUUUAUUAUUUCAAGGAACUUGAUCAACGAGAGUAUUUAAAAUAUCUCCAAAUUGCAGUACAUUCCCUUCAGAAGAGUAGGAGAGAAAGUUGUCUUACGAAUUUGAUGACCAUUAUUUUCAGGUUUUUGAUUAACUACGAAUAUCCUGGUUCAGUAAAUAGCGAACUUUCCUUAACCAAUUCUCUCCUCCAGAAGUUCCCCUACAUGAGCCUUGAAAAUUGUUUCUCAGGGAUGAGCUGAAUUGCUAUCCUCAGCCAGGACGCUAAGACUCACGAUUCAAUCUGUUGCCAAGACUUUUAUGAUAUCUGCUCAAGAAUAUUUAAAGAUUCCGGUGAGAAUAUUAGUACUCUCAAAAUUACUCUUUUUAUAUUCAAGCAUUUAUCAAUAAGUGAAGAAAGUUCAACCAAACUUUCCUGUAGUAACACCUUUGCUGGCCCCUUUUCAAAAUUUGUAGUCAAGGAUGUACGAGAGUUCUGGAAAAAUGAGAAUAAUGGCGCUGGCAGCUUUAUAACAGCCUUGAUGAAGCACAAGAAUCAGCAAAUUCUAGAAGCGAUUUAUAAGACUGGCAUCAUGGAGAAACUAUGAGAGCUUGCUUCUUAUCAGUCAGCAACUCUUUCGCAUAAUAAGAUCCUUGAGCUCAUCUUAUUGGCUCUUGAGACCCAUAGAGAUCAUGAAGAAGAGAUUGGAGAAUCUAACAAAAUGUGAAAACUUUUAUACAAUUGUGCACCUGAAGGAGUUCCGCUUAUUACUAAAAUUUCCGAAAUGGCCCAAGCCGAGUUCUGACAAAACCCCAAGCGAUCACUCCUAAAAAAGAUUUUGACAAUCAUAAAUUCCAUCGAUUCUUAACUCCAACUAUAAUUAACCAUAAUUUUCA